GAGCCUCAAUAAGAAAUAGUGUACUCGUCAUAUCUAGAAUUAAACCUUGCAGAAGUUGAACCCUGUAUAUCAGGGCCACAGAGACCUCAUGAUCGGGUUCCUUUGAGAGAAAUGAAGAGAGAUCGGAAUUCUUGUCUUAACAAUAAAGUUGAUUUCAAGGGGUUUGUUGUGCCAAAAGCAGCACAGGGGAAAGUGGCAAAAUUUUCGUUCUAUGGACAGCCAGCAGAGCUUAGGCAUGUCAGUGUUGUGAUUGUUGCAAUUACGAUCUGCACGAAUACAUCAAAUCCUAGUGUCAUGCUUGGGGCAGGUCUUGUUGCAAAAAAGGCUUGUGAACUUGGUUUACAAGUCAAGCCUUGGAUAAAGACAAGUCUUGCACCAGGUUCAAGAGUUGUUACAAAAUUUUUACUACAUAGUGGGUUGCAAGAAUAUUUGAAUAAGCAGGGCUUCAAUAUUGUUGGAUAUGGUUGCACAACAUGCAUAGGAAAUUCAGGAGAUUUAGAUGAAUCAGUUGCCACUGCUAUUUCAAAAAUGAUAUAAUGGUGUUUGUUGUACUUUCUAGGAAUCGAAACUUCGAGGGUCGUGUGCAUGCCUUAACAAGAGCCAACUACCUUGCUUCACCUCCUUUAGUGGUUGCUUAUGCCCUUGUUGGUACGGUUGAUAUUGAUUUUGAUAAAGAGCCAAUUGGAACUUGGAAGGAUUUUGUGGUCUU